AUGGCCCUUCAUGAUCAACCUUUGGCACUUCUGCUUGAAGCACUAGCUGUGUUGCCCUACAGACCUAGAAGGAUGGAUCCUAAUCCAUUCCCUCCACCAGCAAGAGGCAGAAGAGGCAGAGGGGAAUCAACCCCUUUGCCAACAAUGACAGGAACAAACUGGGGGAAAACUGAAGGAAUCAUCUAG